GUGACGUCAGAAAAGAGGCUGAACCAACAUGGCGGCUGUAAUUAGGCUUGUCAACAGAAACACAUUUAGUGCAGCAAUGGGUCAACAGUAUGUAGCGUUUAGCUCAGCAGCGAAAGUCAAAAUAGCUGGCGUAAGAGCAGGUAAAGCUCUUCCAGACAUGGUGAAAAUAGUGGAGGUGGGACCCAGAGAUGGACUCCAGAAUGAAACGACCAUCGUGCCAACAGAGACCAAAAUUCAUUUGAUUGACAUGUUGUCAGCGUCAGGGCUGCCAGUCAUUGAGGCCACCAGCUUUGUCUCCCCAAAAUGGGUUCCACAGAUGGCAGACCAGGUGGAGGUGAUGAAGGGCAUCAGCAGGAAGCCUGGUGUGGCCUACCCGGUCCUCACCCCCAACCUCAAAGGUUUCCAGGCUGCUGUGAAGGCAGGAGCUUCAGAGGUAGCCAUAUUUGGUGCUGCGUCUGAGCUGUUCAGUAAGAAGAACAUAAACUGCUCAGUGGAUGAAAGUUUACAGCGCUUUGACGAGGUCAUGAAAGCAGCAAAAGAGGCCGGUGUGCCAGUUAGAGGUUACGUGUCGUGUGUCCUUGGAUGCCCUUAUGAAGGCAAGGUGGCACCUGAAAAAGUUGCACAUGUAGCUAAGCGUCUGUACUCCAUGGGCUGCUAUGAGAUCUCUUUGGGUGACACUAUUGGAGUGGGGACGGCAGGUAGCAUGACUGAAAUGCUGGAAGCAGUGAGCAAAGAGGUGCCAGUUAAAGCCUUGGCAGUGCACUGCCACGAUACCUACGGCCAGGCCCUGGCUAACAUCCUCGUAGCCUUACAGAUGGGAGUCAGUGUGAUAGACUCAUCAGUGGCAGGACUCGGCGGCUGUCCGUAUGCUCAGGGGGCUUCUGGGAAUGUUGCUACUGAGGAUGUAGUGUAUAUGCUGCAUGGACUUGGAAUUCAAACAGGAGUGGACCUCUCAAAGCUGAUGGAUGCUGGAGCUUUCAUCUGUCGAACCCUCAACAGGAAGACCAACUCCAAAGUAGCGCAGGCCACCUGCAAACUGUAGACAAAAACUAAACUAUAGGCUGUUGCACAGACUGCACACUUCAGCACAACCGUGUAACCCGGAGCUGUCACCUUCUGUAUGUUCACUUCUCCCCUUUGGUAAUUCUAGUUUGAUUCAUCCUCUUCCGGUGUGAGAUUAUUACUUUAAGAUUUGACCGGUACUCCUGACCCCUACCUCUGUUAAGAUUAAAACCGUAGAUAUUCACUACAUGAAAGCAUAGCUGGAACAAGUGCCUUAUCUGUCUAAUCAUACAGAUCUUGCUUAUCAAAAGCUAUGCCUUCACCCAUUCAUUGAUAGUGUGCUUACAUUCUUUUCUGGACAGUGGGUAAGCCAAAGUGAAGCACUUUGUUUAUCGUAAUAAAUGAAGCAGUAAAAAUGUCCUGGGGAUGGAUAAUCUCACUGUUGAUGUCAGAGAGAAGACGGAAGCGUUGCUUUGACUUCUGUCAGUGUGUAUAUACAGUGAUCAGUGUCUUCAAAUUAAUUUUCUACACAGGGAGCAUCUAAGGUAACUGUCACUCCUUAUGAACUUGGGCAUUGUACUGGCUUGUGAAAAAAAAAAAUGUUGAUGUGUGCUUUGUAUUUAUUGUAAAAUGUCUCUUUAAAUUUAACAUGUACAUAUCCAACUAAAUUUUAAAAAAAAAGUUUCAUAAAUAAAAUCUGUCAUUAAUUUAAAA